CCUGGGCCAGACCAGUGUGUCGUUGCCCGCCCACACCGGGCAACCGCAAAGAUUUCUCUGGAGGUCGAGUGUUACUGCACCCUCACAGGUGCUGAAGGGGCAGUGCGGGAGGCGGUCCCUUCGCUUCCGGUUCCGGUCUCGGCUUCUGGAGGGCGGGAGAGAUGCUGCAGGCUGGGAGGGGGCGGGCCGGGACCGCGUUCCUGCAACUCGGAAUCGGGGCGCGCACCAUGGCUGGAGUGCCCACAGUCUCGCUCCCUGAACUCCGUUCGCUACUAGCCUCGGGCCGGGCCCGACUCAUCGAUGUGAGAUCUCGGGAAGAAUCGGCAGCUGGGACCAUCCCUGGGGCGCUCAACAUCCCGGUGUCUGAGUUGGAAAGUGCCCUGCAGAUGGAGCCAGCUGCUUUCCAGGCUUUGUACUCCACCGAGAAGCCAAAACUGGAAGAUGAGAAUCUCAUUUUCUUCUGUCACUUGGGCAAGCGGGGCUUGCAGGCCACACAGUUGGCACAGGGCCUUGGAUACACAGGGGCUCGCAACUACGCAGGGGCCUAUAGAGAAUGGUUACAGCAAGAAGGUUAGGUAGAAGAUGGCCUACUGAUUGCCUCCUUCCCACCCGCACUUGCACCUUGACUAAGGGUGAUGAAGGGGCUGACUUUUUGGGUUGGGCAACUCCUUAUAGUGCUGUGCACACAAAAGCAUCAAAUAAAGAGCAUUUAAUCAAGUA